AUGAUCAUCAAAUCAAAACUUCCAAAGCUGGAAAUCCCCAACAAGACCUUCCAUGACUUCUUGUUUGACGAGUGGAAAAAGUUCAAAGAUGAUGUGGCAAUUAUCGACAACGACUCUGUCCAACAGUACACAUUUCAAGAAGUCAUGGACAAGGCAGAGUUCAUCGCCAAGUCUUUAAUGUACAUGAGAAUUGAGAAGAGUGAAGUCGUCCUUCUGGUUAUGGAUUGGUCGCCAGCCGCCAUCUACAUCUCAUUGGGCGUUUCAAUGGCAGGUGCUGCUAUUCAAAUCGUUAGUCCCAAGCUUCAACAAUGGGAGAUGCAGUUUCCGGUCAGGGAGAGUGAAUCCAGAUUUGUGUUCUCCGAUCCAUUGGGACUUCGGGAGAUUGAAAAGUUGAUGAAGUGCAUGAACAGAGAGUACAGAAUCAUUUGCACUGGCACCCGCGACUGUGCCAAUGGCUAUCCAAUCAUCGACGACUUGGCUUUUGCCGCUGCACAAGAUCUUCCAUAUCAUUCAAUCAAUCCGGAGACCGAUAUCGUCUACCUACCUUAUUCCAGUGGAAUCCAUGGGAAGAGAAAGGGCAUAGCCACCACACAUCGAAUCAUGGUAGCCAAGACAAUGGUCAUGUGGAACCCAACUGUUCAUACAGAAUUCAAGCGGGGAGAUCACACCUUGACCAUGAUUCCACUUCACAAGCAAUGCGGUUUGGACGCGAUGUAUUGUGCACUUCUCAAUGGAUUGACUAUUGUGACAGAGAAGAACUUCUGUGUGCACACUUUCAUGACAUGUAUUCAAAGAUAUCGAAUCCGCUCGGUUCAUCUCACUCCAUAUCUCAUGAAUCUUAUGAUGUUUGAAACCGAAAACCACGAGUAUAACGUCGACAGUUUGGAGUGGGUGCUCACUGGAGCUGACGCUGUCACCGAGGAGCUUUACGAUGAGUUUACAGAUUGCUUCCCAUCUGUCAAACGAGUUACACAGACGUACGGAAUGACAGAGGUCGGCUUAAUCUCUCGAAACUACAACGACGAUACCGAAUUCACCCACUCUUGCGGUCAGGUUGCCGCGAAUCUCGAGUUGAAAAUUCUCGACGUGCUUACUGGAAGAGAGUUGGGACCACGAGAAAAAGGCCAAAUUUGUGUAAAAGGUCUGCCAGCGGACUCACCAUACCUGAACAAUCCAGAUGCUACCGAAGAACACUUCAUAGAUGGUUGGAGAAAAACCGGAGACAUUGGAUACUUUGACGAGGAUGAGAAUAUCUAUAUUGUGGAUAAGGUGAAGGAGAUGAUCAAGGUUUUUGGAUAUCAAGUGAUUCCCAAAGAGAUUGAGACCCUUCUAUUGACUCAUCAGGCCGUGGAGGAAGCAGCGGUGGUUGCAAUCAACAAUGAGUUGUCUGGAGAAAGGCCAGUGGCUUUUGUGGUGCUCAAAAAGGGGCAGACAGCGACAGAGGAGGAUUUGAAGGACUAUGUGAACAAACGUGUUAUUCGGUACAAGCAUCUGGUUCGUAUCAACAUCACCCAAUUCCUGCCCCGUUCUGCAUGUGGUACAGUGCUCCGACGUCUUCUAGGUGAAGCUGCGGUGAUGUCUGUCGCUUCCAUUGCAGAAGUUGAAAAGGAGUUUGCGGAAGAAGUCAAGCAUGCCUUGGCGACCUAA